AUGUUCUGUAACAAGUACAUGAGAUUAGAUUCUGCAGCUAUGAGGGCAUUGAAUGUUAUGGAAAGUAAGACGGAUACCAACAAGAAUUUUAGUCUUUUUGGUCUUACGAACAGAACAUGUACAGCUAGCUUGGGUAGACGGUUACUUCAUUUAUGGAAAAAACAACCUUUGUUAGAUGUGACAGAGAUUAAUAAAAUACUAGAUUUGGUUCAAGCUUUUGUGGAGGAUACUGGUUUUCGUCAGGUUUUGAGGCAACAUCUGAAAAGAAUAGCUACUAUUGAGCGAUUAAUGCGGAUUAUUCAGAAAAGAAGAGCUGGUUUGUUACAUGUUGUCAAGCUUUAUCAGUCAAGCAUCAGAGUUCCAUACAUCAAAAGUGCACUGGAAGGGUACAAUGGUGAAUUUGCAUCACUGAUCAAGGAAAGAUACAUGGAGCGCCUUAAUUUUUGGACUAAUGAUGAACACAUAAACAAGUUCAUUGGUCUUGUGGAAGUUUCAGUUGAUCUUGAUCAACUUGAAAAUGGAGAGUACAUGAUUUCACCUGGUUAUGACUCUCAAUUAUCAGCCCUAAAAGACGAACAAGAAUCACUAGAACAACAAAUACACAAUUUACAUAGAAAAACAGGUGUUUGA